AUGUCAGAGAUCCCUCUUAAACGCAAGAGAAUUACAUCAGACAUUUUAUCCAUCGCUAGCUCUAAUGUGAUUGUACCUAAUCAUAGAAAUGACAAAAUCAAAAAGAUUGAGUCAUUAGUAAGCAAGCUCGAGUUGGAGAAAUCAUCAUUGGAGUCAAAGCUCAAAUGCGAGGCCGUAUCAUAUAAUCUGGAGCUGGAAGAAAAGGCGAAAACUAUCUCCUUUCUCAUUGAUGAAAAAGCUGAAUGUCAAAAAAGGGCUAUCUAUCACAAAGAACGCUACGAUGAGGCAACAGCAACAUUAGCCAAAAUGAAAGAGAAACACAACUCGGUUGCAAAUGAGUUGAGAGAAUCACUGGAAUCAUAUCGAUCACAAGUGGAUGAAUUGGAUAGUCAGUUGAGUGAACAGAUCUAUGAAUCUAGAAGAGCAGCCUUGUCAGAGAAUGAGACUAGAAGGCAGUUGACAUCCAAAAUACAAGACUUGAACAUGAGAAUUGAUGGCUUGGAGGAUGAGGUCCAAGAAAAAGCAAGCGUCAUUCAAAGAAGCUUACUGCGAGAGCAAGAACUUACGGAAACGAUCAACGCCCUGGAGCAGCAACUCAAUAACAACUCAUCAUACCCAAGUAAUCCCCAAGCUUACCAAGAUUUAGAAACCCAAUAUCAAAGCAUAUCAAAACGUGCAUUGGAUCUCGAAACCGAAAAUGCCAAAUUAGCAAGCGAUUUGAAGCAUCACAAAGGCAUUUCACAGAAUAUCGAGACACUUCGACAAGAAAAAGAAAGCUUAUCACACCAGCUGAAGCGAAUGAAUGAUAUUUGCGAAGAGAAUUACAGAAUAGAAAAGGAGAACAUCAAAUUGAAGGCCGAGCGAGCUUCGUGGGCAUCUUAUUUGGAAUCACAGCCUGAAUACAACACGCAGAGUCCUGACAGCAUCAUAUACAAGCUUACACAACAAGCCGAGGAAGCCAGCUACCUGAAACAAUCGAUUGAGCACUACCAAUCGCAAGUGAGAGAUCAAAUGAAAGCGAUUGAAAAACUGGAAGAUCACAUUGACGAGUUGAAAAAGAUGGUGGUCAAGAAUGAACGCCUACAUACAGCCGAUCAAGCUAGUCGAGAUAUCCUGAUCAGAAACGCAGACUCCCUCAAGAGACAUAUUGCUAUUCUGGAGCGACAGUUGGCCAUGUACGAUCAAGAGGAAAUGCUCGCCAUGGAUCAAGGCCAAUACGAUGAAGCCAAAACCAAGCGAAUUCAAGAGUUGGAAGAGUUGCUGAGAGAAAGCGAGAAUCGCCUUGCGUUGCAAGCGCAAGAAUUGGCACAGGAAAAGAUCAAGCAUGCCAGCGAGCUGCCUCCAGUGCAACUGAGCAGCGGCCCAUACGAAAUGUUGGAAUCAGGCGUAAGCGCGUCCAAGCAAUUGUCUGAACUUGUUGCCAAACAAGACAAACUCAUGCAAGAUUUGGGAGAAAAAUCAGUGAAUGAAUUGCUACUGCAACGACAACUCAAGUCAGCUCAAGAGCAGAUUGAACAGCUGAGUAAAUCUAUUGAGAGCCAGCAGCGACAGGCUCGUACCUUUGCUCCUGCCGUGCCUACAGUUCCUGCGGUUGAGUUGCCAUCUGAACUGACGAACAGCGAAAAAGCAGCGCCAGCUAUAAACUCACAAGCAACAGCAGCAGAGAAGCAGACUGAUUCCGAUGAAUCCAAUCUUCGUAUCUUGACAUUAGCAGACAACCCAGCUUCAAAGGACCUUGCUGUUCGCACCCACUUAUUAAAGCGUCUUGAAAAAGAGAAUGCCGAUCUUUUGCGUCAAAUUACCUCGGAAGCUUCAUCUGACACUGAUCUGAUUACUGUGCCUAAAUCCUCUCUUACCAAUUUGGAAGCCAAGAAUGAAAAACUUCAAUCCGACUUGCAAUCUCGCGAAAAGCGUAUUCAGCGUCUUCACAGCAUCUGGGAAACCAAGAUCAACGAAACCAGUUCUCAAAUCCGCCAAUUGUUGGGAUACAAUGUCAUUUUCCGCAAUGAUGGCGUUACUCGUUUGGAAAGCAUCCUUGUCGACCCCACAGAGCUGGCGUUCAUUGUCAAAAUAGGCGAUACUCACAGUGAAUCUGAAAAGGGCAUGCUUCGUAUGGUGGGCUCGAAAAAGGAGCAUUAUAUGAAGCAAUUGGAGGACAUGUAUCAACUUUACAUCAUUCAAGAUCGCAAUAUCCCUGCCUUUUUAAGCGCUGCUGCCCAAGAUUUCUAUGUCAAUGCUAAACAGCAGGAACAAUCCAUGUUGUCGCAAGAUGGAGAGCAAGUCGAUUUUAUGCAGGUCAAUGAUGAAGACGACUUUGAGCCUUACGAUGAAGAAACCCGCAUUCAUGACGACCAGAUGGACGUGCUAGAAGAGGACUUUACAGUGCAAAGCGAGCCCAAUCCUGCUAGUUUGACUGUGGCAUCUGAUGAUGAAGGCGAGAUGAUUGAACAUGAGGAGUACACAGAGGAUGAAGAAGACAAUGAAUUGGUUGUUAGUAGCGAGAUUGUUCGUGACGACAGUGAUUUGGUCAUACAUGAGUAUGAGGAAGAUGACGAGAAUGUAGAAGAUUAUGACUACAGCGAAGAGGACGCAGGAAAUGAUAGUCUCAUUGUCAAUAUUGACAAUGGAAUAGCCGUCGUUGGAGAUGGCGAGAGCGAUGAAGAGGAAUUGGACGAAGAAGAAGAAGAAGAAGAAGAGGAGGAGGAGGAGGAAGACGAUAUGGAGGGUGAAGAUGACGAGGAAGAAUACUCUUCACAACACUCUGCACCAUCUAGUAAUCCUCAAAUAGUUCUUAUUGAUGAUGAUGAUGAAUAA